CGCAGCCAAGUUCGAAUCACGGAGAAUCACGCCGGAGAACGAGCCAUUUUGUGCAAUUUCGGGGCAUUUCACGGUCAGGAACAAUGCCACAGGGAAGAAGAAAGGUGGCCUUCAGUGGCAAGCAGAAGAAACAACAGCUGCUGGCUAGGAAGCAGGCGAAAUGUAGCACCUCGCACAACUUGAUCCGCAAACUGCGCGAUGAAGAGUCAAGCGAAAUCAGCGAGGACAGCGAUCUGCCCCGCACGUUCGGGGAGAACAUCGAGAAGCUCAACAUGCAACCGCUGAAGGAUCCGCGCAGCAAAAGCAAUCGCUACGUGCUGCAGUUCCAUCGUGAAUCGGCCAAAGAACUGCGGGAGCAGAAAGAGGAAGCCACGAAGACGCUGGUGCGCUGUACCGAGCAGGAAAUGGAGCUGGGCGAUUGCUACUUCCAGGACUAUGACUUCCCGAAGCGACCAAAGUGGAACUACGAGAUGUCGAAGGAACAGCUCGAUGGCAAUGAGAAUCGCUACUUUUUUAAAUACGUUACCCAUCUGGAAAAGACACACUACGACGACAUGAAAUCGUUGAGCUUUUGCGAGCUAAAUCUGGAAACGUGGAGACAACUGUGGCGUGUCCUCGAACUUUCGGACAUAGUGUUGAUCAUUGUUGAUGUUCGAUUUCCUACACUGAUGUUUCCUCCAUCACUUUACCGCUACGUUACCGAAGAUCUUGGUAAGGGCAUGAUACUCGUGAUUAACAAGAUCGAUCUAGUGGAACCGGAGGUGGUACUCGCUUGGAAACGUUACUUCAUGCAAGCGUACCCACAGAUUCAGGUGGUGCUGUUCACCUCCUAUCCAUCGUACAAUCUGCGUGGCAAACAGGAGAGCAAACACGGGCUGAAGAUUCGCCGACGUCGUGGUCGAAUGCGAAUGGCCGCAGAGGGUGCGCAACAAAUCUACGACGUGUGUCGACAGUACGUCGGAAACAGUGUGGAUCUAGGAUCGUGGGAGCAAAAAAUACUCGAAGAACGGAACGCUCCGAUGGAGAUUGACGAUGAGGAUGAUGAGAAGGUGAUCGCUGAGAAUACGCACGAAGAGGAGAAGGAUUUUUCGUUCGAAGAGCAUGUAAAGUUUAAGAACGGAGUGCUGACGAUCGGCUGUGUAGGGUACCCGAAUGUGGGCAAAUCGUCUCUGCUGAACGCCGUCAUGGGCAGGAAGGUCGUCAGCGUUAGUCGAACGCCAGGACACACGAAGCACUUCCAGACGAUCUUUCUCACCAGCACGGUUCGUCUGUGCGAUUGCCCUGGUUUAGUGUUUCCUUCCGCGACCCCACGUCGACUGCAAGUGCUUAUGGGCAGCUACCCGAUCGCGCAGCUUCGCGAACCUUACGCCUCCAUUCGUUUUCUGGCCGAACGCAUCGAUCUGCCUCAGCUUCUCUCACUGAAGCAUCCCGAGAAUGAUGAGCAAUCCGAAUGGUCAGCGAUCGACAUCUGCGAUGCCUGGGCGCUCAAACGAGGAUUUUUAACUGCAAAAACAUCGCGACCGGAUACCUAUCGGGCGGCCAACAGUAUUCUACGGAUGGCGUUGGAUGGUAAGAUAACGCUCUCACUAAAACCGCACGGUUUCCACCAGCAGCGGGAAGCACUUGCGGUGGAUCCGGACUUGGCCAGAGUGAAGGAGAUACAAGCGAUCGUUGAAAGUGAGGGCAAAGAAGAUGACGAUGAUUGCCUUUCCGACACGGAUACUGAAGAUUUGGGUGGAGCGAACGAUGGUGACAAUGAAGAGGACGAAGAUCCGAACUCAACUCUUUCGCCACCGGCCAGUUCGAGCAACUCGAAUCCAUUUCUGUUGCUCGGUAGUCCCGAGUAAAUAUAUCCAGCGUCUUGACUCCCUUUCGUCUGUAUUUUAUCUAAUUUGAUGCUUAAAUAAAUGUUUCAUCGUUAAA